CAACCAACCAACGAACGAACCUGUCACUUUUAUUAAACAUCCUCUCUCUCCCUCUUUAUAUAUAUAUAUAUAUAUACUCUUUUGUUAAAUUAAUAAUAUCAUGUCAUUUGGAACAAAGGAAGGAAAAGACACAGUCUUGUUCGUCGACAAGGAAUACGUCGAAAGCCAAACUCCCGUUGAACCCGUUAAGCCCGUCGAUACCCCAGAAGAGAAUGAUCAGGCAGCAGCAUACGAUCCCGAAACCGGUGAAAUCAACUGGGAUUGCCCAUGUUUGGGUGGUAUGGCAAAUGGCCCUUGUGGUGAUGACUUCAAGGCUGCAUUCAGUUGCUUUGUCUACUCCGAGGCUGAACCAAAGGGUGUCGAUUGCGUAGAAAAGUUCAAGAACAUGCAGGACUGUUUCCGUAGACAUCCUGACGUUUACGGCGAUGAAAUCGAUGACGACGACGACGAAAAAGAAGAACAGGGCAAGCCAGAGUCUGUUGGUGAAAAGGUUGUCGAAAAGGCUGUUGAAAAGGUCGAAGAAGAGUCGACUCCUGUUGCUGCUACUGAUUCUGCUACUACUGUCAGUCCUUCUUCUGUCCUGGAAGAAUCAGAGUCUCAAUCAACAAUGUCCUGGAUUUCUUCAUGGUUCUAAAAAAAAAAAAAAAAAAAAAGUUAUUAUUAUUACAUGUAUUGAUUUUUUCCCCUGUUUUUCUUUCUUAAAAAAAAGCGCAAAAAAUAUCGCGCAUUGUUUUUCUUUUAAGAAGAGAAGAAAAAAAAAACUCAUAAAAAAAUUUAGAAGAAUAAAAGUUAUAAAUUUAAUUUC